GCAACAAAUGGUGCCUAAUCUGCCAUCUUGCCGAAGAAGAAGAAGAAAGUUAACAUUUUCCCGGAAAUGAUAAUAGUCUUUUGGUUGCUGGUGGGAAUCUAUAUUCAGUUUCAUGUUGUGGAUAUAAGCAAAUCUACUGUCUAAAUAGAGCACCUACCAGCGCUGUAAUUUAUGGUAAUAUGGAUGUAAACGGUUCAGUUAGAAGUUACGUCCUUAGCAAUGUUGCUGAAGUAGUCGAGAGGAUCCUGAGCUUUGUUCCAACCAAAUCACUUCUCCGGAUGGCGAGCGUGUGUCGGCUCUGGAGGAACUGUGCCCGGCGUGUGCUCCGCACUCAGCAGCAGAUGACCUGGCUGGCGGCAUCAGGCUCCUCCCGCGUGGAGGGUCACGUUCUCCUGCAAACUCUCUCUGAGGAACUGGAGAAUGUCCACCUGCUGCCUCAGAUGGCCUUGCUGGUGGUGGACAGUGAGAACUUCAGUUCACCGGAAUGCUGUUACCAACAGAAAAAGGCACGGCGAACCAACAGUGAAGACCCUGAUUUUGUAGGACUUCUGAAGCACUUGUUGCCGGACAACUGUGACAUCAUUGGCAUAGCCACACCAGGGAUUAUAUUGACCCCCGUGGGCUCCCCCGCUGCCACCCCAGAGGAGCAUGAAGACGGAGAGGCUGGUUUCGCUCUCUUGCUUCCCCACAUAGAAGGGGUUCGAGUCAGACCAUUCCACUUCUGCAAGCACACACUCAACAACAGAGCUCUAGAGCAAGCAGGUCUCUUGGGAAACCCUGACUUGAAAGUAGUUCUCCUGUUUGGAUAUAUGGCUUUUAAGUCAGGGGCCUCGCGCUUCUUGAACCAGUUUCUGGAGCCCCUCUCACACACCAACGCCCUGAUCGCAGGUGGCCACGUGGAGAGGGCUUUCUGCCCGCACAGGGACUGCUGUUCUGCCGGGGCGUACGGAGUGGUGGGUCUGACGCUGAGUGGCGCUCGUGUCCAGGGCGCGUCCGUGCUGCUGGAACAGGAAGUGAGCAGUGCCACCGCGGCCGAAGCCGUACUGCAGCGUCUGAAGGCGGCACACAUUCCUGAACACAACACCAUCGGGCUCAUGUUUGCUUGCGUUGGCCGCGGGCACAACUACUAUAACAACCAACGCAAUGUUGAGGCCGGAGCCUUCCGGAAGCUCUUCCCCAAUAUACCACUCUUUGGAUUUUUUGGAAAUGGUGAAAUUGGCUGUGACCGCAUAGUCAAAGAGAACUUUACACUUUCACACACAGACACGGACGGACUGCAGCAUGGAUACACCACGGUCAUGAGUCUGGUGCACCUGGGCUAGGGAAAUGAAGUCUGAUGUUUUUAUUUAUUGUUGCAGUUAAAGAAUUCCAACCAGUACACUUUUAUGGUAGAUAUGUCUGUUGGACUCUCCAAAUACACCCGCCCGUUUUGUGAUAUGUACUCAUACUGGUAAGCUAUAUGUGCUAAUCAAAUUACUAGCAAAGAAAUUCUGAUUGACCAGUACAACGGACAUAUAUUGUGCUUGUGCUUCUGUCGUGCAGCUAGUGUAGGAUACUAGUCUAUAAUCUGGUCAAAUCAAGAAGAUGCAAAUAAAUAAAGACAUUUUGUCUGUGA